ACGCCUACACUUCCGCUGAAAGUGCCAACUCAAUCUGGAAAUGCUGUUGAUAUAAAUUUGGUUUUUGGAGCCCACUGGAGUAUUUCGAAAAUUUUAUUUAUGUUGUGCGAUUUAUAUAGUUAUGGAGGUUAGUAAACCUACGCCAUUUUUGGAGAAUGUUAAUUUACUUAUUACCUCUUAAUUGAAAUUGAGGAAUAAUAAUCAUGAUCAUCAUAUUAUGCAUCAUAAUCAUGACGAUGAGGAGUUAGAUGACGGAUGAGUCGGAUGAAUGACUUCAGAGUUGAGUUGAGAUUGUGUAUGCUGUGUUUUUAAUUUUAUUUUAAUGUGGGCAGGCUAAUGUACCUACAUUUUUAUUUAGUAGGCCUAUUUAAAUUAAUUAAGUUUUAUUUAUUAUAUUGAAUAAUUAGAAGGCUAAUUUAAUUGUUAAAAUUAUCUAGUAAAUUCGUUAAUUGUUAAUUCUACUGAUCACUGAUACUGACUACAAGACGUACUCACACUUCACUACUAAUUUACUAAUGAUGUAAAUGUAGUACUAGCUCCAGAUCAGGGGACAAUUAUCACACACUCUCACAUAUUAUGAAUGAAAUAAUGUCAGUUCAUGUGUGCAGCGAGGAUCCUAUGGUAUCCUAUAAGUCUAUAUUUAGUCUAUAUCUCUGGUCUAAAUAACUGAUUCCAAGAAUGUCAUUUUAUAAUGCAGUCGUAGUAGUACUAGUAGUAGCUGUGCCAUUGCGUGGCAGGCCCCUACCUAGGAAAUUCGGUCCCCAGGCAGCUGACAGAGUUCGGGCCCUUUCGUGUUACAAACAUGUGCAUAUUAUUAUAUAUUUUAAAACUCGAAAAGGCUGGCCCCAUCUAGCUCGGACGCCUGGCAAGUGCCAUGGUUGUCCGCGCCCCCCCCCCCCUCUCAAUUUGGAGAAUCCCAACAUUGGACUUAGGGUGACUGGACCAACAAUUGGACCUGAACGAUGAGCCGAUGAGAAUGAUAACUUUCCAGUUUUAUACUGAGCAUUAUUCGUGUAAAAAACAUAAACUGAUGAUUUAUACAGUUACUUAUUAUGUACUGAUUUGGAAAGAAAUUUCCCUUCUGUUUUUAUUAAAAUUCAACUUUCAAGGUUCAAAAGAAAUGAAAAGAGAAACUCAUCCUUGCUGAUACUGCAAGGUGAAUAUCAGAAAAAGAUAUGUUCAUGGUUAAAAGUGCUAGUUUUUGAUUGGUUGAAAACAAAGUACCAAUAUCUAUUCAUUACUACAAUUUGGCAAUUUAACUGGACAUACCAGCAUAAUUUCUACCCCCCCUUUACAAAAAAAUAAACAAAAUAAUUUUUCAAGAAAUAAUUUAAAAAGGAGAAAAAAACAUCAAGUAAAUGCAAGCUAAGUUUUGAAGUCUAUUGAUAAAUGGAACUGGGGAACCUCCAUGACCAAUAUACUGUGGAAAUAUACUGUGGAAGACAUCGCAGGCCCGGCCGCUAACUGCAUUUUAGCCUUUAUGCCUAAUCAUUUAGAAUUUAAAUUUAGGCCUGCGUCUAUAGAGAUAGACUAUCAUUUAUCAAUUCAAUUACCUUCAACCAAGUUUGGUAGGCAUUAACUUAUAUUGUCCAAAUUCUAAUAAUUUCUGUGACAAGAACUCUAAUCCAACAUAUAUGUCUUUGCUUUUCAGACCAUGACAUUGAAAGAGAUCAAAGGAUAGUGAAUUCAGUCCUGAUAUAGUUUAAUUGCUUGAUAAAAUUUAGUUGUGGAAUUUCUUACAAACUACCAAAAUAGUUAUAGAAUAUAGUACUGGGUAGUUUGAAAAUAAAAUUUCCAGCCUGAUAUAAACAUUUUAUAAUUAAUAAGCCUACCAUGGAUGUUCCCUCAGAGUACAGGGCUUCAAAAAGUAAGUUUCAUAGUUACUGCUUUACAAUUCAUCCCCAAUCUGUUUGAUUUUUAGAUAUUUUUAAAAUUCUGAAAACAUUUUCAAGACAUGUAUUUUGAAUGAAAUAUGCAUUAAGAAUCUUGAACAAGAUCUCUACCAGUAUUUAAUAUAUUUUUUCAUAACAGCAAGCCAGAAGAGGAGGCCAAAAGGAUCUAAAGGACAGCAACAACAACCCAAUCCUGUAGCAGCAACACCCCAAUACUAUAAUGAUUUUAGUGCUUCCAAUUCUGCACAGUUUAUGCCAAAUCUCGGCCAACCUGAUAUGUUUUAUGGUGGACAGGGUUUGUGAAAUCCUACAAGUUUACAGUGUGGUCUUAAAAAUAUGGGUUGUUCAGUUCAGGUCGUCUUUGGCAGUACAUAGAUAACAGUUCAUAUUUUAAAAUUCUUCAUAUUAACUUCACUUUUGUGUGUUUAGGGCAAAAAUCUGACAGCUAAUUGACACAUUUCCCGUCAACAUAUCGAGCUGAAAUUUGGCACAUUGACUCGUUGCCAAUAAUAAAACAUUGUAUCAAAUUUUCAGACCCAACCCCCAUAAUUCAGAUAAAAGAAGUAUGAUGCCACUGAUUUCACGAAUUAAUAAUCCAGAUAACUGCGCUAAAUGAGAUUCUUUUUAAAAAAAUAUCCCAAGUGCAUUUGGUGUUUAAUGUUUCCUUUUGUUUUUCUGAAAUACUUGGUGAAAUAAAUAUUAAAAAUCAAACUAAUUGUUAACUAUCAUUGACAUUGAGGCAACAAUAUAACUUAUCUGGUCCAAGAAUUUUCUUAAAUUAUUGUUUGAAAUAUUUUUUCAAACUUAAAUAAAGGAAUCUGAUAAUUCCUCCUAUUCUGAUCAUGUAUCAGAUUUUUUUUAAAUUCCUCAAAAUCUGACCAUGAUUGUGAUCCUAUGUUAUCACAAGUUACAGUUUACACAUGAUUUCAAAAUGAAAUUUAUAUUCCUUUUCAUAACUUUUUGGAAAAAAUUGUCAAAAUGUGUUGCUAGAAAUAUAUAGGUUUUCUUAAUAAAGGACCCCUACAGAGAGGCUAACAUUGCAUAUUUAUAUAAUAACCUUUUUUUUUAAAUUUAUGCUUUUUGGACUUUGUAAUAUAUAUGAGAAUUAAACAAUUAAUUUCACAUUAAAUGUAAAUAACAGUAGUUAUACUGAUUGUAUUAGUUUGUUUUUUGACAUUAAUUUUUAUGUUGUAUUAAAAAAAUAGAUUCCUUAUCAUAAAAACUGUUUAAAAUCAUGUAUUCAUUUUAAAACAUUAUGUCAUUGCAUCAUAUAGGUUUCAAUACAAGUGGCUAUGGUGGACAGAUGGCGGGAGUGCCACAAUUCCCUGGGCAGCAGCUUUUAAAUGAUCCAGUUGCAAACAUGGCAAUGCAGUAUGGACACACAUUAGCUGGACAGGGAAAAGAUUUGGUUCAGAAAAAUGUAAAUAUCUAUUUAGAAUUUUGUAUGUUAUCUUAUUUGUGUACUGUUUGAGUGUUUUAAUAAAUUAAAUACUUAAAUUUUCUACAUUUUCAUCAAAAGUUGUUAUUAUUAAAAAAAAUUGUUAUCUAUUUUUUUUUUCAAAACCUAUUAUUGUACUUCUUCUUAAGGGCCCACGAUCAAUGUAUUGAUCAUUCUGGCUCCUAUGUAUGUUGAGUGGAUUUGCAAUGUUUCCCUGCCUGGUAUUGAAGAGGAUAUUUCACUGGUUGCAAGGGCUACUCAGCGAGGGUAUUGGGAACUGGGGAUAGGAAGGGCUGAGGCAAUAGACGUCAAAUGUUGAUUACUCAGCUGUUCCUUUUGGAAACUUGUUCCAGUCCCUGAUUGUCUUUGGCAGGAAUGAGUAGUUCUGUACUAUGUUCUUGCUGUUAUGAGCUGGAACUGCCUGUCAUGGCCUCAUUGCUGUCUUUGGGGGGGGGGGGGGGGAGAUGAGUUUCUGUUUAAUGUUGGAGCAGUUGAUGGUUUGGUUGUUUACCCUUAUCCUGGAGAGCUGAAAUUGUGUUCACAGCUUAACAAAAAUUGUGUUCACAGCUUAACAAGGCAACAAUUUAUCAAUUUUUUUUAAUGAUUGACAGGUUUCGAUACCAUGAAUUGGCAAAUUUAAAAAAAAACUGUAUUGUGAUAUAGUAUAGGUUGUCCCUUGGAAAAAAAAAAAGAAUCAUUUUUGCUAUUUUCUUGUUUUUACACAGAUUGAAAGUUAUGUUGCCUCUUCAAAACUGAAAUACUACUUUGCAGUCGACACAGCAUACGUUGGGAAGAAACUUGGUCUUUUGUUUUUUCCAUAUACUCACACGGCGAGUAUUUUUAUCAUCCUUUAGCAUUUUGUCCAAUGAUUAUUAAUCACAUGAAUAAUUAAUCUACAGUACAAUGAGUAAUUAUUUUACCUUGUAUAGUAUUAUUUUUCAUCAAAAUAACAAGUUUAAAAAACAAACCUUCAGGACUGGUCAAUACAUUAUAAUCAAGACGAACCGGUAGCACCUAGAUAUGAAAUAAAUGCUCCUGAUUUAUACAUACCAGGUGAGUAAAUUUAAGAAAAAUUAUUAUAAUAAAUAGGAAAAAAUCACGUCAUUCAAUGUAUCAAUUUUUUUCAAAAAUUAUUUUGAAAAGAUAUCAAAUUUAUAUAAAAUCCCACUCAAAUGGUUUUAAGUUUAGCAUAACAAUGCUAUAACACAUUUUAGUAUACCGAUGCUAUAAGGCAUUUAAAAUUAAUUUGUUAUUUAUGUUAAAUAAGAAGAAUCAUAAUUUGAAAUCCAGAAUAUUACAUGUUCAUAUCUGUUAAGGUUGUUUACUGCUGUGACAAGUUAUUUCAUCUGUAUGCUGUACAUAUGAAUGAACUUUUGUGAUGGUCUCUUUUCAGUUAUGGCUUUUGUUACUUACAUACUGGUUGCAGGAAUGGUAUUAGGGACACAGGGAAGGUAAUGGAAAUAUAUUUUUUUUAAAGAAUACUUAAAACUGAUAAUAAAAAAAGUUACAUAUUUUUUAAGACAAUAAUAAACAUUUUAUGUUGUUUUUUUUUUACAUAUUUUUUCUGAACUUUAUUGCUGACAAACAUAAUUGUGUACUUACUUUCUUUAAGGUUUACACCAGAGCAGUUGGGUACCCAAGCAAGUUCAGCUUUGGUGUGGAUAAUAAUAGAGAUGGUGGCUUUCACUUUAAGUCUCUACAUUCUAAACUUAAGCACAAACCUGAAGUAUCUUGACAUUAUAGCCUUCUGUGGAUACAAAUUUGUGGGGUAAGACAAGUUUAUUCAUUUCACUGGGCUGAUGAUCUAUUUAUUCAAUAAAAAACUUUAUUUUAGGUUUGGGAUUUUAAAUGAAAAUAAAAUUUAAAAUGUACACUUUUAAACUUCAUUUUCCCCCUCAUAAAAAUAACUAGAAAAUAAUGUUAAAAAUAAAUUAACUAAAGAAUCAGUAAUUUUCAGUUAUGCAUAAAUGUAAAAAUUCAUUUUAUUUUUUCCCCCACAGUAUGAAUUGCAGUCUUCUUGCUGGAGUAGCAUCCAAUACCACUGUUUAUUAUGGUGUUUUGUUAUGGUUCUGUAUCUCAUUAGUAUUUUUUUUGGUAAGCUCAAUAUGAUUUAUAUUUUCUGGUUUUCAACACCUCUAAAGAAAAUACAUAGUAAAUUUAUUCAAAGCAUAUUAUUUAUAGUUAUACAUGUAAGAGAAAACAAUGUGAUCAGAAAAUUGCCCCUGGAUAUUCCAAGGGCAUAUUAUUUCCUGUUCUGUCACUUUAGAAUAUAUUGACGAAUUACAACUUUAUUAUUGUAUUGUAUUGCCACCCUUCUGUAUAUUUUUUAGAUAUUAUUUGAGUGUGAACAUUUAAAUUAAACUUUGGAAAUUAAAAAAAAUAAUAAUAAAGUUGUAUCUACCUUUUUUUAUAUUUUCAGAUGCGUGCACUGAAAGUUCAAGUCAUGCCCCAACAAGACAAUGAGGGUUUUGUUAAAGGGGGAGCAAAGCGUAGUCUGUACCUUAUUCUGUCCGUGUCCCUGACACAGCCUUUACUUAUGUGGUGGUUAACAAGUUAUGUCAUGAUUUUUAAAGCUACUCAACCAUAGAGUAAUGGUAACUAAAAUACUACUUUUAAGCACGCUUAAAAUAAUGCCUAGCAGAUUUUAUCAAGGACAGUGAAAUUAAUCAUUAUCUAGUUAAAGAAAUCAGGGGACCUCAUCAAAUUUUUAAAGAAAACAAAACAAAAACAAAAAAACAUAGUUCAGUAAAUCUUUUGUCACAAGGUAAGUUUGCUACAUAUUGUAUUGAUAAAAUGAGGACCUUCUUUUGUACUUUCACAUUACAAUUACAAAAAAUUUAAAUACUGGCAAUCAGUAUGUUUUUUAUGUUAGUGUCAGUAUUGGCUUCAUACUAUAGAGUUUUCCCAAAACUGAUUUUUACAAAAUAAAUGGUUAAUGUCUUGAUUCAAUUUUUUUUAGUUUACACUGAAAGGGAAUACUAUGAUAAUUGUCAUUCAUUAGAGUUCUCCUUAAUGAGAAGCACUAAUUAUUAUGCAUUUGAACAAUGUUCUUGUAACAGGAACUGCCAGUAUGAAAGCUUCCAAGCAGAUUCCCUGUUCACUUAUUUAGUUUUAAACUGUGGCUACAGAUUAAAUAUGUUAUUGAUGUUACAGGACAAUUGGUCAACCAAAAAAAGCAUUAACAACUUUUAAGACAUUUUAUUUUCCUGAAACUGACAUGUUAUGUUUCUAUAUUUUAUUAGGGUUGGUUAAUAGAUUUUUUAUGGUAGAUUAUUUUAAAGGAGAAAUUCUUGAACAAAUUAUUUUGGAUUAUGAAAUUCAUGUUUAAAAUCUGAUACUUGAAUUUCUUCAAAACUCUGGUAAUCUUGCUGCUUACACGAUUGUUGAAAAUAUUUAAUGGGCCAUGAAGACUUGUAAAGCAUAAAACUGUAGAACAAUGUAUUAAAAACCAUUUACAUUCACAUGCAAGUUUUAUUAUGCCUAUUAAAUCUUAUUUACCGUUAUAUUAUAUGGGAUUGAACAGAUAAAUUACCAUUCUUUUAAAAGUAACUUGCUUUGUCAAAACAAAGCUCAGCUAAAUGAAAACUUAAUAAUGCUUUUGCUAUAUAAAAAAAAAAAAAUAAUAAAAUCUUCUUUUGAAAUGAAAAAAUUAAAGCUCCAUAUUUCAUUUAUAAUAACCAAUUGACUAACAUUUACUUUCUCUUAUGACAGCUUAUUUUUGUGUUACUUUUCUUUAUGAUUGAUACACAAGGUAUGAACAGUGUAUUAAUUAUGCUUUAAUAUUUUUGCUUUUAGUUUAGUACUUUAUCAGGUCUUAAAAUUAACAGCAUGUAUUUAUAUUUGUUUGAAAUUAAAAUGAAAGUUCUGUAAAGAAAAGGUUCUUAAUUUUAAAAAAGAAAAUGUUAUUAGUAAUACACUUCUUUUAAAUAAUAAAUCAUGUGUAAUGUUGUUGUUUUUUUUAACUGUUAGGUGCUAUAACUAUAAGUUAUUACAAGGUGUUUAGUAGAUGGAAGAAUGAAUGAAUAAUGAAUGUGUUUUCGGACUGUAUUGUUUCAUUUUGAAAGAACCACAGGAUUGGAUUAAUUUAUGGAUAUUUGUUGGACAUGGGUAUAGUAUAGUAUAAAGCAGCACCAGUAAUUAUUUGUUUUAAAACUCAUGUGGUUGCAUUCAUACUUUUUUUCACUGUGAUUUCUGUGGCCUGUUCAGGUCUCCCUUGAUCUUUUUUUGUGAGCAAAACUCUGCCAUCCAAUUAUUGCUGUGGCUUAUAAUAUACAUGGUUCUGUGUGGUAUCAAUACCACAAUAGGACUCAGGACUAAUUUUCUUUUUCUUUACAUGGCGUUUUAUUUUUUGUCUAAAAAUGAAAAAAAAAAGCUUUAAAAAUUAAAAACAUCAUAUAAAACAAUUUUUAAUUUUAAUGGCAUCAAUUCUGUUGGCUCUAAAUAACAACUUUUUAAGACUUCAGUAUCAUGAACUAUUUGGCCUCAUAAUCAUAAUGGAUGUCUAUACCAACAUGUUAAAAAUAACAUCUUAUAUAAUUUUUAUUGAUCAUGGAGCUUAAUUUGACCAUAUGUGAAUGCUGGCAAAAAUGACCGUUGAAUUCAAUCAACAGCAGUAAUAAAGAAUCAAGGGGGCUGAUUUUGAUAAUUAAUUUUGGUUGGAGAUUACAUUAUGUAAUGUAAAGUGCCGUAACAGAAAAAGUAAUGGUAUGGUAAUAUGAAAUAGCUAAUUAUCGGUACCUUUGAUCAACGAAUCUGUCAAUCCAAUUGGAAUUAACAUUACUUCCUUCAUAGUUCUAAUAUGGUAUAUAAUUGUAAUAGAUUUCGACUGCUGUACACAUAAUUUUAUUAUACUUUUAAGAAAGCACCACUAAUAAAAGAAUGAAGUGUUAUGGAAAUGUAGCUUCACUUGAUAUGUUAGCAGAUUUCAUCCUUUGUAAAUUUGUCUUAAAAAUAUAUAUAUUUGAUCUACUCACUUUCCAUUGAAAAUUUGAUUUAACUGUAUAAAUUAAUCUAUGUGAGUCAUCUGCAGUUUAAUUUUGUUUGAUAAACUGGAAAUCUGAGAAAGAACAUAAUUUCCUACAGUUAUAUACUAAAGACAGAAAUUUAUGACAUGAAAGUUUAGUCAUGUAAAUAAGUUGAAUUUGAUUGAUAUGGGUUAAUUCUUUUGUUUGGAUUUGAUAUAGAUCUACAUCUAAUCUUUAUGAAGUGUAAUAAGAAUAUCCAACUUUUUAUAACUGUUGAAAUAUAAUUCCUCAGCUUAUUGUCUAUAACUAAGGAAUAUUCAUAUUAUUAUUUGGGGAAUAUUGUUUGCAUGAAACAUUCUCAUAAGCAUGUAUUGUAUAUGUUCACCACAUUAAAAAUAUUCAUACCAAUUAUAUGUUUCAAG